CGCACGCGCGGGAUUUUGCGACCUCUCACGAGAGGGAGGUGCCGUGUGCGUCUAUCUUCCCGAGUGGUCCCCGCCGGUUAUUGGAGAGCGCUUGUUCCAGUUCGUCCACCAUGGCGUCCGUGGGGACCCUCGCCUUCGAUGAGUAUGGGCGCCCCUUUCUCAUUAUCAAGGACCAAGAUCGCAAGUCCCGUCUCAUGGGGCUUGAGGCCCUCAAGUCUCACAUCAUGGCCGCCAAAGCUGUAGCAAACACAAUGCGGACAUCACUGGGACCAAACGGGCUGGACAAGAUGAUGGUUGAUAAGGAUGGUGAUGUGACUGUAACAAAUGAUGGUGCCACCAUUCUAAGCAUGAUGGAUGUCGAUCAUCAGAUUGCCAAGCUGAUGGUUGAGCUGUCCAAAUCCCAGGAUGAUGAAAUUGGAGAUGGGACCACAGGAGUGGUUGUCUUGGCUGGUGCUUUGUUGGAAGAAGCUGAGCAACUGCUGGACCGAGGCAUCCACCCAAUCAGAAUUGCUGAUGGUUACGAACAGGCUGCCCGAAUUGCUAUACAGCACCUGGACAAGAUCAGUGAUAAAGUGCUUGUUGACAUAAACAACCCUGAACCUCUGAUUCAGACUGCAAAAACCACACUGGGCUCCAAAGUGGUUAACAGCUGUCAUCGACAAAUGGCUGAGAUUGCUGUGGAUGCUGUCCUCACAGUGGCAGAUAUGGAGCGGAGAGAUGUUGACUUUGAGCUCAUCAAAGUGGAAGCUGGUGUAGUGCAGGAGAUCUCGUUUGGCACUACAAAAGACAAAAUGCUGGUUAUCGAGAAGUGUAAGAACUCCAGAGCUGUGACCAUUUUUAUUAGAGGAGGAAACAAGAUGAUCAUUGAAGAAGCAAAACGAUCCCUCCAUGAUGCCCUGUGUGUCAUCCGGAACCUCAUCCGUGACAACCGUGUUGUGUAUGGAGGAGGGGCAGCCGAAAUAUCCUGCGCCCUGGCAGUCAGCCAAGAGGCAGACAAGUGCCCAACUUUGGAACAGUAUGCCAUGAGAGCUUUUGCAGACGCCUUGGAGGUCAUCCCCAUGGCCCUUUCAGAAAAUAGUGGCAUGAAUCCUAUCCAGACCAUGACUGAGGUUCGAGCCAGACAAGUGAAGGAGUCUAACCCUGCCCUUGGGAUUGACUGUUUGCACAAGGGCAGUAACGAUAUGCAGUAUCAGCAUGUCAUAGAAACCUUGAUUGGCAAAAAGCAGCAGAUCUCUCUUGCCACACAGAUGGUUAGGAUGAUUCUGAAGAUUGAUGACAUCCGUAAGCCUGGAGAAUCUGAAGAAUGAACUGUACCAUUUACCACUGUGACUAAAUAAAGGGUGUGUCUGUCAUGCUGCGUCUGCAGUUACUGCUGUUCCUCUCCCAGCCUGUAGACAUUGGAAUAAAAGCAGCUGUCUGGUAA